CGCAGCUCUGACAGGCAGCCAGAAUCAACAGAGCACUGUGCAGACAACAGGAACAACAACUGAAUCAAGCACUGCAACUUCAGCCGGACUUUCAUCUUUAAACAUGAACAACGAGCCUGUUGUCAUCGUCUCUGCUGCUCGGACGCCAAUUGGGUCCUUUAAUGGUGCUCUGUCCAUGGUUCCUCUGCCUGACCUUGGCUCAGCUGCAAUCAAGGAAGCCCUAAAGCGAGCCGGGGUGAAGCCAGAAGAGGUCUCUGAGGUUAUCUUGGGACAUGUCCUAACAGCAGGUCAGGGGCAGAACCCAGCACGUCAGGCCAGUGUUAAGGCAGGGAUCCCCUACCCUGUCCCGUCCUGGAGCUGUCAGAUGGUGUGUGGCUCUGGGCUGAAGGCUGUGUGUCUGGGAGCUCAGUCCAUCCAGACUGGAGAUUCUGCUGUGGUGGUGGCUGGAGGCAUGGAGAGUAUGAGCAGGGCUCCUCACACUCUGCAAAUGAGGACCGGUGUGAAGAUGGGUGAUGCCUCCCUGCAGGACUCCAUGGUGGCUGACGGCCUGACAGACGCCUUCCAUGGCUACCACAUGGGCAUCACAGCUGAGAACGUGGCAAAGCAGUGGACAGUGAGUCGAGAGGAGCAGGACCUGUUUGCUGUCCAGUCCCAGAACAAAGCAGAGGCUGCACAGAAAGCAGGACACUUUGACCAAGAGAUCGUCCCGGUCAUGGUGCCGUCCAGAAAAGGUCCAGUGGAGGUGAAGGUGGAUGAGUUUCCUCGUCAUGGCAGCAACAUAGACAGCAUGUCCAAACUGAGGCCCUGCUUCAUCAAGGACAGCAGCGGCACAGUCACGCCUGGAAAUGCCUCAGGUAUUAAUGAUGGAGCAGCAGCAACUGUCCUAAUGAGCCAAUCAGAGGCUGCAAGGCGGGGCAUCAAACCUAUGGCUCGGAUCGUAUCUUGGGCUCAAGCUGGCAUUGACCCGUCAAUCAUGGGGACUGGACCAAUACCAGCAAUCAGGAAGGCGGUGGAGAAAGCAGGCUGGAAGCUAGACCAAGUGGACCUGUUUGAGAUCAAUGAGGCGUUCGCUGCCCAGUCCAUCGCUGUGGUUAAAGAGCUUGGAUUGAAUGCAGACAAGGUGAAUGUGAGUGGUGGUGCCAUUUCUCUGGGUCACCCCAUCGGCAUGUCAGGCUGCAGAGUGCUCGUGACUCUGCUGCACGCCCUGCAGAGGACAGGAGGCCACAAGGGGGUGGUGUCACUCUGCAUCGGAGGAGGGAUGGGCAUCGCCAUGUGCGUGGAGAGGAACUGAGAUGGAAAGCUGACAAAUGCACUCAAUGGACAAGGGAAACUGAAACACUGUGGGAUGUGGUAUACAAUGGUUUACCAGGGGGUCUUCCAAUCACUGUACUCAAGCUUAAGUAAUACAAGUAGAUAUAUAUAUAUUGCGAUUGUUGGGACUUGUCUGAUGAAAGCUUUCACUGUGAAGUUAUCUUAAAUUCAUCCUUCCUCAGGUUGUAGCCGAGCAUGUGAUCUACUCUUAGAAGGGUUGGGACUUGUAGAAGAUGUAUAACUUGUGUAUGUAUCAGAUUUAGCAUAACGAAGUAUUGAUUCAAAAAUGAGGAUAAACCUGCUUUUAGUUAGUAGCACAACUGAAAAGCAUUAAUACUAAAUAUGCAAAGGCAAGGCUUCAGUAGUGCUCUGUAUGGUUGUACCCUGUACAUGCUUCUUUCUCUGUUGGACAUAUUUUGUAACUAUUUGAUGAUUGUUUGAAGCCCAUAGAUUUAGGGUUUGUAAAAUGACACACAUUCCUCUUUCUCUGAUUAACCGCGUUGACGUCAACCUUCAACACAGCUAAGUGCCAUAGGGUUAAAUGUGCUAGCCUACUCUAACUUUGCCAAAUGUUUGAAAUGUAUUGUAGCUGUUCUACAUAUCGGUAAAGAAUUAAAAGCCAUUAUGUUUAAAA